AUGCUUUCGCAGACUUCUAUUCCGGAAGUAAAAGAAGACGUGGUAGGUUAUGCCCUGCACCAGAGGAGGUCCAGGGUGGGCCAAUUUCAGGACCUAGGUCCCCCUGAUUUGAUCACUUUGGUCAAAUCACUACCUUCGUCCUCGAGCACCAUGGCACCCUCCGUCUCAGCCACCGAUAAUGGAGCAGGCCCUAACAUCAAUGGCCAAGAUCCCACGACUAUAGUUACCGAAUUGCAUUCUCAUGAUAAACUAAAAGGUCAGAUCGGUACUUUCUUCUACUCCAUGGGGAUUGACACUUCUGAUCCUACUUCCAUUACGAUCUUUGCUAAGAAAAUAACUGAUCUUUUCUUGGACACGCCUCAGAUUUGGUUUGGUAAGAAGAAGCAUUUCCAUGUUUCGAAAAUUUCCAUCAGUUCUUGGAAUGCGUUUAGAAAGUAUGAUGUUAAUAUCAUAGUCCACAUUCCAGGGACCGUGCAAACCUAUAUCAUAAGUAGCGACGGCGAACAAUCGCAGCUUCCCUCCGUGACAGAGACUUCAUCCGCCUCCAAUUCACAGGACUUGAACGUAAACAUGAUCUGGGCGGAAACUUUUAUGAGCGGUAUUGUACGUGAUAUUAUGCUGAUGAAAGAUAACCGAGUAGAUGGAGAAUCCCAAAAUUUAGUCGAAACCUUGAUAUUCAACCCACUAACCUCCGGUGAACUAGAGGAUGUCGCCACAAACUUCAUUAAACUGUUCCCCUUGGUUUAUGAGAAAGGUGUUAAUUUGGACGCGCCCACUUAUGUUUUGAAUCCCUCUUUAACCAAUAAUUAUUUGGUUGAAACGUUAGUAGAAAUAGUUAGAUUAACCAAGAGUUUGGACGCUUGUCGUAAAAUGCUCGAGGAGCUAAUAGAAAUCCAUCCUGAGGCAGUUAUAAUUUUAAUUCGCGUUUAUUUUGCAUGCGAUUUAGAAAUAGACGCAAUUGAUCUGAUCAAUGAACAAUUGAAUUCCCCAUCGUCAUUCUUAGUUGAUGACUCAAAGACAAGUCACAUCCAGUUGAUUUUCAAGUCUGAAUUACUAAGCAUUCAAAGCGAGUUUCUAUUAAACGUCAAGAGAGACUAUAAACUAGCUAAAGAAGUCGCUAUAGAGGCUGUGAACUGUGCACCAAACGAAUUCAAAACAUGGUUUUUAUUGACAGAGGCAUAUAUUAAAUUAAACGAUAUGGCAAAUGCCCUCUUGUCACUUAAUGCUUGCCCCAUGUCACAGGUCAAAGAAAAAUAUGUUCUUAGAAGAAUUGCCCCUAUCACCUCAGAUGAAAAUCUCCAUCUACCAUUACCGUUGGACGCAUCGGUUGAAGAAAUUUCGUCAUUGAAUCCCAUGGACGUCCAAUUGGAACAAAAAUCCGCAGAUCCAAACUUAAUCAAUCUUUCUGCAUCCAGUUUAAAAUCUACUUUCCAACUAGCGUAUAAACUACUAACAGAAAUUGUUCAAAUAACCGGAUGGGAACAACUCUUAAAAUAUAGAUCAAAGAUCUUUGUCAUGGAGGAUGAAUACCAAGGUUCAGCUUCUUCUAUCGACGAAGUAGAUGUUCAUGGUAAUGAAGCUUCUAAGAUGAGGUCCAAGAGGUUAUGUGAAAGGUGGUUGGAUAACCUUUUCAUGCUCCUAUAUGAAGAUUUGAAAACUUAUACCGAUUGGCAAUCCGAGCAGUUGUAUUUUGAUGCUCAAAACAGUAAGUACCAUAAACUAACUGUCGAAUGGGAGUUAUUCGGGCUUUGUGCCAAAAGACUGGGACAUCUUCCAGAAGCCGCAAAGGCUUUCCAAGUUGGAUUGUCUCAAAGAUUUUCUCCAGUCUGCGCAAAGAAUCUACUGGAGUUUUACAUUAAUGAACAUAAGCGUAUUAGAAGGGAUUCAGUUUUGGUAAAUUCCGAAUUGACCUCUUCUCAAAUAUUGUCAAGUAUUAAUGACUUGGACAGGUCAAUUAUCGAUCUAGUAGUCAAGAUUUGUUGUUGGAAUCACCGUUGGUACAUUGAGUUUUCAAUAAUUCUAAUAGAUGCUUUGAGCGUCGCAGUUCAAGACAUGGGUAUCACUAAAGUGCAUAAUGAAAUUGCCUCUAGAUUUUCUGAGCCUGUGGCUCAACUAGUUGACGAUAACAUUCUAAAGUUUUUAAAAAAUUUUACAAAUGACACAUUCGAUAAUUAA